ACAUUUUCUGCUUCCUAAACACUUUCAAAUUCAAACUUCUCUCUCUACUCUCUCUCUCUCUCUCUCUCUCUCUCUAUGGCUGAGCCGCUCGCCGGUGAUGUGCUUCCGGCGAGUGUCGCCGUCGACAAGCUUCCCGCGGAGAAAACCCUCUGCCCCGAGUUCACCCCGAGUCUACUAGGUUUCCCCACCGAGUUCCCGUUCGAGUUUAACUCUCCCACAUUCUCUUCCGCUUUCCCCUCCCCAGGCGACUCCACUGAGACCGAGGACGAGAGCAGCGACGACGAGGAAGACUUCCUUGCCGGGCUGACUCGUCGACUCGCCCUGUCAACUCAGCGCCUUCCUCACUCCUUCUCCAGCGAAAAAGCAGAGGAGAAGCGCCGAGUCGUUUCGACUUCGCCGCUUUCAACGCUGAGUGGACUCGGAAGCUGGUCUGCCUCGGGGAACGGCAGCCCAAAUGGACCGCUAUCGCAUGUUCCUUCGCCGCCGGCGACUCCAUUUCGCAAGGACGACACUUGGGAUGUGAUUUCUGCGGCAGCAGGGCAAGUGGCGAGACUGAAAAUGGGUGACUGCCGAGAACCGUUACUCAGCCGCCCAAACCCUAACCCUAAUCUCAACGCUGCAUUUAGCUCGGACAUAGGGUUCCAGCAGUUUUACAGCCACUCAAACCAGUCUGCUCAGGUAGACGACUUCUCUGAAGAAUCCGCUGGGAUAUGGCGUUAUGCAAACUGGCCGUGGCAUCCAAAGGGCUCGUGCUAUGGGUCUCACUUGACAUUCGAGUCAUCAGAGCAACAGGCUCAGAGGAGAGCUUCCGGCGUCAUUGGCUGCGAAAACGGGCGCUGCGUUAGGCCGGCCACGUGGCAGCGGCUACAGCGGCAAACGUCCUCCGCCGUGAGGAGCGUGCUUCCGGUCGGAUCCGCCCCGAAACGUUCUAGUGCGGGAACCGGUGUGUUUCUUCCUCGGAGGUACACAGACCCAUGUGAUUCACCCAAGAAAUUAGGUGGUUCAAGUGUUGCUUUCCCGUCAAAGGUUGUUCAUCCACAAAACCAGACCUUUGACUUAUUCAAUGACCUGUACCAACCCAAUUCACGACCUUGUCUCAUGUCCGGACACACCCAGCUCGAUCACGAGUCUUUAAUGGCGAGAAGAAGUGAUUCGUUAAUCCGACAAGGAGGUCGUCUUAGGCCGCCAGUUCACGGAGGAUGUUUGAACUAAGAAAGGCUUCUUCCACAAAAGCAGAUUGUCUUCAGUGUUAGGAUAGUGUGUGAUAUUGUUAUGGUUUACUGCUAAUAAUGAUAGUUAUUUGAAUAAUUAGUUGUUUGAUAAUUUGGUAUUACCAUUCCUUGUAAUAAAAUGCCCUAUAUGUCGUAAUAAUUAAGGCAUAAGCACUGUAAUAUAAUUUUUUUAUCCGCCCUUGGGUGGAUAUUUCACUAGAUUGCGAUGGGGUAUUUGUGUUACUA